AUGAAAACUCCGUCGAUUGUUGAGGUUCACGAGGGUCACAACGUGACAUUACAAUGUAAUGCUAUUGGUAGUCCACAACCAGCAGUUAUUUGGAGACGUCAAGAUCGUCAGCUAAUUCGUUUUAAUGGUGCUACUGGAUACGGCACAACGAUCUAUAAUGGUUCUACCUUAACAAUAUCCCGGGUCAGCAGGAAACAUAUGGCUGAAUAUGUGUGCACAGCCAGCAACGGUAUUCCGCCGGACGCCGUAUUCAACGUUCGGCUGAAUGUAAUGUUUAAACCAACUGUAAAGGCAAAGUUGCGUUCUGUGUCAGUUCCAUAUGGGGGCCAGAUUAAACUGAUUUGUAACGUUGAAGCAUGGCCUGUUGCAGAUGUAAUUUGGAGCAAAAAUGAAUUGGACAUUGUUGACUCUGAGAAAUUUGUUGCAACAGAUGAAAAGAUGGAACGGUACAUGAGUGUACACAUUUUGACGAUCAAAGGAGUCUCGAGCGACGAAUACGAUAUAUAUCGUUGUACUGCAAGCAACGAAGUUGGCACAGCAUACGAUGAAAUCGUUGUCAGAGGCAACAUUUUCAUCUCUUAUCUUUUUCUUUAUCCGUAA